CAGAGCCUCUGCAGUCACUCAGUCAGUGCGCGGACUUCAGCCUCUGAUUCUCUAACAGUAACACCAAUAACAAUUUACUGGCUUUUAUUUCCACAACCAACACGUUGGACUCUGCGGACUUUUUAAAAUCUACUUUUUAUUUUGAGUUUUCUGGGCUGUACCGGGCUUUUCUCACAGCCUCUGGGUUUUCCUGGUGAUGACCUCACUGCUAUUUCCUGGCAACGCCCACGCUGCGAUGAAGGACCUCUCCUCCUCCUCCUCUCCACUCAGCUCCCUGCUCCACUACCAGUCCUCCAAAACUUCCAUUGUGCCGUUCUCCCCGUCUGCUGGCGCCGCCUCCUCACCCGGGUCCUCGCUGUCGUCGGCUCCGCUCUCCAAACCUCAGACCUUCUGCCUCCAGACGGGGCCACAUCUCAUCGCCAGCAUGCAGCUGCAGAAGCUCAACUCGCACUACCAGAACCUCGCAGGUGCUUCUGCCGGACACCCAGCGCCCGGCGGGGCUCAAAGGGGCUUCAGUGCCUCACCUCUGGGCACGGGGAACCAGCUUCUUGGGCCAUCUGGAGGCCUCAGUGGAGGUGGGAUGGGUGUUGGCAUCAGCAUGGGGAACCAAAGCUCCAGCGCAGGUGGAAUUAUCGACUUUGACCCCGUGGAUGAGGAGGUCCUCAUGUCACUGGUGGUGGAGCUCGGUUUGGACCGAGCCAACGAGCUGCCCGAGCUCUGGCUGGGUCAGAACGAGUUUGACUUCAUGUCAGACGUGCCGGCCGGCUGUUGACGCGUGAAAAGAUAAACUAUGCGUUGGGAAUGAUUGACAAAGAAGGAGAGGACUUUCUCUCCUCGGUUGGGUUUUCUCUUUCCUCCCUUUCUUGGCUGAUAAAACGAGGAAACAGAAGAGACACUGAGUGAUAAAGAGAAAGAGAUUAGAGGCAUGCUUCUGUUUCUGUUUUGUUUUCAUUCUCUCUAUGUGCAGACAGAUGGCUAAAAGAAAAAGACAACUUGCUUUUCAUUUUGUUUUUUAAUGGAGUUAUGCGGAAAGAGAGCAAACUGUUUUUUGUUCCAUGCAAUCAGUGCGUUUUUCUGUUCUGGGAUGAAACUGGUGGUUGAAACCAACCUGAUGGGAUUAAAAAGUCUUUUGUUUUGUCUCAUCCCACUCUGAUUCUCCCCCCCCUUUCAUUUGAAAAAGCAUGAGCAGAAUAUGAAACAGAAAUAUGGAGUCGUGGAAAGAGACUUGGUUGCUCCUCUCCUCUUUCCGCCAUCACUCCAUGAUGCUGGCUUAAUGAAAGCAAGGUGAUUGACGUGAGACAGGUUGGAGACGUUUUAGCCUCUGGGCAACACAGGAGUAAAGAUAACUUAGAUACACUUCUUCUCUCUCAAUCAAUGGUGAAGGCAAAUGAAAAUGGGAAACAUGGGAGAUUUGUGAAGGAUGACAAACACUAGGUUUCCCCUUUUCUUAAUGGACAAUAUUAAACUCUGGUCUCACGGGAAAGAGACUCCUGUCUCUGGGCUUCACAAAGAAACUGAUUGUCUGAGAACUGGUUAUCUCAGUGUACUUUUUCUUUCUUUCUUCUUUUUGUUUGAAUUAAGUUCAACCAGUAGUAUUCAUGGAACAUGUUAUUUAAGACAGUGGCUGAUAUCCAUCAGGACUUCUGGACAAGGAGCGCUUCUGUAGCGCGUCUAUAAUCGGUUUUGCUUUUCAUAAUGAAUUAGAUCAAGGGGUGUGGAAUCUUUCAGAGCAUGGGACCUGAAUGGACUAAAUUGUUUCUUUCUCUGGAGCACCGCCUCAUUAAAACGAUCGAGGCCUUUUGGUCAUGUGAGUCGCCACUACAUGGACAUGUUUUGUUUUCCUACAGUGUAAGAAACACUGACCCAGGAGGUCAAGUCAAACUGGUGUCAGUGAUCCUGGAGAGCACUUACUCCUGCACUGAGGAUACAAGGUCUUGUCAACAUUUGUGGACACAACCCAAAUGGCCAAACAGAUAAAUUCACGUGCCCUCCGCUUUUUGUUUUUCCUGUUUUACCUCAUUCGAUGUUUGUGUCAAAAAAGUCCGAUCAGCCACAAACAGACCUUAUUAUCACCACACUUCCUUGUUCCUGAUAAGGGAGCAUUGUUUGUUUUGUCCUCAUUAGGCAUGGGGUGGACUGUUUGCUCACCUUGCAGGGCAGCCUUUGACCUAAACACACACUGUGGUUUGGUUUCGUGUCGCAUGUCGAGAUGUUGGUCUACACCAGUGCAGGCUUUAGGAUGGUUGGAAUCAGACCAGAGUCAACUAAACCUUUCAGACUUGAUCUGUUCAUAGAAGCUACUACUGUUUGCAGCUAACAUAAUAGCAUCAUUAACUAUCAGCUUCCGUUCAUUCUUACUGCUUUACCAUUUCUUGAAGGCAGCGGCAAUAUAGAGAACAUCUUGACAAGCUAGCGCAGCAGGGGUUGCAGCCAAUUCAGUGGUCUGUCCAUUGACCACUUGUUGCAACCACUAUGGGCACUGAAGCUUGUGGUCCAGACUGUAAACAGACCCCUGAGUUGGCUACAACCCCCUCUCAGCUAGCGGUGUGUCGUCUGGAAGCCAAAAUGCAGGUCCCGAUGCUCUUGGGCUUCAGUUGAACAAGUUAUUUGCUGAGCUUGUCCUAUUGAGGAGAAUCAAAAAGACAUUGUUGUUUUUGUUGUUUUGUCUAGCUUGCUAACAAUCUGCUAAUGCUAAUGCUAGCAAACUGGUGAAAGCCUUACAAAAAAGCACACGUAAAAAUGUUUUCAGAUGGUGAAAAUAACGUUUAUAAUGAUUCAUCACUUUAAAAAACUACAAAACAGUACAAGCUCAAGCUCCACUUGUACUUUUUUCCUGAUCUUUCUCAUCGAGUGUCAUCAUCAUGUUAAUACGAUGAAACAUGAGGAAAACGUGAAGUAUAUUUCACAUGUGACCCAGUUUUACAUGCCUUGUUUGCAUCAUGCUCUAUGCUCUAUUGGACCUCCGUGAUGUUGCCUGGAGAUUUUUUGUUAAUUGUCUGCUUGACAAAUGAUCUCAUCUCUAUAGUGAAUGGACUAUUACUAUAGAGCCAACUGUACCAGGUACGGUUUGUUUCAUAGUUGAAAAAAAUCCCAGGGGGUUAAAGUGUCACAUACCCCUCCCCCCUGCCCACCUAUAGGAACUGUACUGGAUCCUCCUGCUGUAGAUGGAUGUGGGUAGCAUGGGGGCUCUGACCUAUAUCUGUUGUGGUAAGAAGAGAUGUGGGCUUGAACCGUACCGCAGGUACAAAGGCCUUUCACCUCAACCUGGUGUGUCUGUCAUCUCGGCAUUGUUGGUCUCCUCUUAGACCACACACACAAUAACACACCUGCAUAUAUACAUACAUGCGCACAAAGACAUGCGACAAACUCACCUGUAUGUGCGCUCACCUCCAUAGGCACACACAGGCUGAAACCAAACUAUGUGCAGACAGACAAAGGCACUGAGAUAAACCCACCACACACACAGACACACACACAAGCAGGAGCAUGGGGAUGGUAUUACAUCAGGGAAAUGGGAGUAGCAGCCAUGAAACAGGCACUUGUUACACACAGACUUUAUUGGGGUUGUUGGUGUGUGUGUGUGUGUGUGUUUGAAAAGAGAUAAUGAGAGACUGUAUGCAAGUCUGAAAAUCCAAUUGUGUGUGUGUGUGUGUGUGUGUGUGUGUGUGAGGGGAAACUAUGAACAGCAAGUAAUCCGUCCACAUGAAGAAGACCACUGGCGGACACGCUGGGCCUCGUUAAUUUAUUUAGAUAUAGACAGGUCAGCUUACACAAACACAUCUUCAGUUCCUCAAUAGUGCACACAUGCGUCCUGCAAGUCCAAUUUUCCUACACACACGCUGACUAAUACCAGUUUUUCAUGUUGAUUAGGGGUCUUGGUUACAGUGAAAGAGCCCCAAUUUUCUUUUCUUUCUUUAAUGAAAUACGAGAAGCAGUGAUUAAUGAAAACCUGAUGAUGGGGUAAUUUGACAGAAUCACCCUUUUUUAAAAAGGGAUUUGUCGGAUAUUUCCAUCGUAACGACCACUUUAUAGACAUGGUGUGAAGCGAGAUGAAAUAAAGAUGCUUCUCAUCGCUUCCAAAGCUAGCAGACAGACAUGCUGAUUCGUCUCUUCCUCUUGUCUCGUUGCCUGAAGUGGGUCAAAAUAACAUUCUUCAGAUCGAAGACAGUCUCGUGGUUGUUUCCAUCUGCUCGACAUUGUUUUAAUGGCCUUUGUGUGUGCGUGUGUAAGUGUGUGUUGUUUUGUGGUCCGGCCUUAAUCCCAGCUGAUUGAAUUGUUAUUUUUUGCUGUGUGAAGCAGAGGGACGUCCCCACCUCUCCUUCCCCAGAGAUGUUGCCCGGUUGAGAUGUUUGAAUCGUCUGAAGGCUUUCAUUUCCUCUUCUCCUUGACGCCCGAUAUUGCAGAUUAACCCCAGCAGAGGCCUUUUGAACUAAAAUUUACCUCACAGCUAUUUGGUUUCUAAUCACAAAAACUACCACUUGGGUUCAGGUCAUGACAGUAAACUAAUUUCCUCUGAUGGACAGCUUAACUUGACACUGUCUAAGCACCACACUGUUGGUUUUGCAUGUUUACAAAUCCCCUGAACUUAAUAGCCUACAGAUCAUUUCCCAAAGUAGGCCUAUACCAUAAGUUUAAAUAGACUGAUUUUCUUUCUUCGGUGCAUCCACAGGCUUCAGUUUGUUUUAGUACUCCAUCAAAGUUAUAUUUCUAUGCUUAAUCAAAGUCAUAUUUUUAUCCAGUACUAAUACAGUGGUGAGCUGGGACUGUUAAAUUGGUUAAUAGAAAGAAAAAUUAAUCUCCAGAAAGUCUGAAUUCGUCUGAAUGUAACUAGCAGUCGUGAGGCAACCAGCAGCGAAUCCAGGAAGUUGCUGCUCCUCUUUUCCCCAACUACGGGACCUUCUGGACUCUUGUGUGCUUUUUGGAUGCUAAGGUGGGUUUUUUUUUCCUGAGUCUUCAUGGUCUCUGCAGCUAAUGAAGUGGAUUUACAGUUUCCAUGUGACAGCAGUGAUUUGUUACACACUCGGCCGUUGCCUCAGGGCCUCAGGGUCAUGAAAAAUGUUCCAACACAUCAAGGCCUGUGAAAACCCUCGACAUAAGCAGUGAUAUAUGUGUUAAAAGGUCGCUGUUACAAGGUUUCCACCCUCCACGGUAAUGAAAAUGUUCAGCCACUGCUCUGCGGCUAGGUCUGCUUGUGAAACUGAAGUAGACUCUGCACUGAUUUAUUCAUUUUCUUUCAUCAUAUUUACCUUUAAACCUGUAGAUAAAAGCCUUAUUUUGUUGUCGGUUUUACAUGCAGUAUCUUUCCUUGUUCUUUUUUUCUUUUCUAAUGAUGAAAUGAAUAUUAUUCAAAGAUGAUUUUUAAAGCACUUUUGCUCACCGGCUCUCACUUGUACAUCUAUAUGAAUAUGUAAAUGACUGAGAUCAUAAUAAAACAAAUGCUUGUAUUUUUGUUACGGCUCUGAGUUUGGAUGAAAAUAAAAAGAUUGAAAAACUGAA